AUGAAUGUUUGUCAAGCUUUCUUUACAGUGACACAUGCAGGUGCUCGAGCCACACUGUACAAUACAAUCAUUUCUUUCUUUCUUUCCUUCUUCCUUUCUUCCUUUCUUUCUUUCCUUCUUUCUUUCUUCAUUUCUUUCUUUCUUUCCUUCUUUCUUUCCUUCUUCCUUUCUUUCUUUCCUUCUUUCUUUCUUUCUUUCUUUCCUACUUUCCUUCUUUCUUUCUUUCUUUCUUUCUUCCUUUCUUUCCUUCUUUCUUUCCUUAUUUCUUUCUUUCUUUCUUUCUACAGAGUUCAUUUCUUCCUUCUUUCUUUCUUUCUUUCUUUCUUUCCUUCUUUCUUUCUUUCCUUCUUUCUUUCCUUCUUUCUUUCUUUCUUUCCUUCUUUCUUUCCUUCUUUCUUUCUUUCUUUCCUUCUUUCUUAUAAUCAUAACCAAACUCAGUUAAUUUCUUUCUUUCUUUCAUAUAACUUUACUGAGUUUCUUUCUUUCUAUUUUUCUUUUGUUUUACUUAGAAUCUUACCGUAUUUAUUUAUUUUAUUUAUUUAUUCUGCACAUUUGAAAUCAUUUUCUUCUUUUCUCAAAAAUAAUUCUGUUUGUUUUCUUAUUGUUUCUUGUUGUUUCUUCCUGUUUCUAUUCUCUGUUGCACAAAAAAAUAUUUCUCUUACUUUUUUCCUGUCUUUCUUUUCCAUUCCUCGUUGCUCGAAAAUAUUAUUUCUCUUCUUUUUCCUUCCUUCCUUCAUUCCUUUCUUUUUUUCGUUCUUUUUUUCUUUCUUUCUUUUUUCUUUCUUUCUUUUCAAUAUCUAUUUUUGCCUUCAUUCAUUCAUUCAUUCAUUCUUUCUUUCUUUCUUUCUUUCUUUCUUUCUUUCUUUCUUUCUUUCUUUCUUUCUUUGCCACGUUUCUGUUUCUAGUUGCCCAUAA